AUUAAUUUUUUAUAAAAGGAAAACACUCGGCACUCGUUGCGAAUUUAGAUAUAACUAACUUUUUGAAAUCAAAAGUAAAUGGCAUAUGAAUCUGAAGAAGAAAAAUUUAAUAAUAAUGUGAAAGUUUUUGAAGAUGACGAGAGAAUUAAGUUUAUGUUUUCCUCAUUUCCUUCAGACAAAAGCGUAAAUCCAGCACAUUGGGAAAGCAAAAUUCGAUUUUGGACUUCAGAAAUAAUAAAUUCUUGUCGUGUCAUUGGUGAUAUUUGUUUUAAUUAUGAACAAUUAAAAAGUCGAUUUAAAGAUUCUGAUAAACGGAGUCCAGCAGGUUUGAAAGUUGUCCUUGAUGAUCUUUACAACAAACAGCAACUUAUUAAAUGUUAUGAUGUAAAUGAUUUGUUUGAUGUGAGCUGGACCAAAUGGAGUUAUAAAUUAGCUAAAUCUUCUGCCUCUUGGAUGUGGAACAGGCUAUGGAAUUAUCAAUAUGAUGAACAGACAGUAUUUGUUGUCAAAGAUUUACUUGAGGAGGCUGCUAAUGCGAUUUUAGAAGCCCAUUAUAAAAGGGUUAAAUAUGAAAAAACUGACAAUGUUGUGCCUUGGACUGUUAUUAAAAGUUUGUAUAAAGUUAAUGAAAAAUCGCUUCCGGACAACAACUUAGUUUGUAUUGUUGCACAUUUGAAGAAUAAUGGCAAAUGUCGGGUUGGGAUUACCGAUACUGGGGAGAAGAUAGUGAAAUUUAAAGAUAGAAAUCAAAAUUUUGUUGAACCAGUCUCUAAAAAUGAUUUUGACAUUAUAAGGUUAAAAAAAACAAUUGCAAAACUUUGUAUUGAAAAUGAAAAAUCUGAAAAAGAGUUACAAAGUUUACAGAAUCAAGCACAGGGGUUUAUGAAACUAAAAGAUAAAGUACAGGUAAGAAAAACUUUGAUUCAAAAGCAAAAGUUACAAAAAAUCCUUACAAUGAAGGAUAAUGCCUUAAGUACUAUGAAGAAUCAGCUAUGUAUGAUCCAAGAAGCAGAAAAUACCAAAAUGAUAGCAGAGGCUUUUCACUCGACCGCAAUACUCUUGAACGAAUCAUAUCGUCAAAGUGGUCUUACUAUCGACCACAUCGAUGAUGUUAUGGCAAAAACUGAGGAGGCUAGAGAUAUGGUAAAUGAAGUUGAGGAAGCUUUAUCUUUUGGGGUAAAUCGAAUUGAUGAUUUUGAUAUUGAAGAGCUUGAACAAGAGUUAUCAAAGUUGACUGCAACUAAGGAUGAAGAAACAGUUGUUUUGCCAAAUGUUCCAGACUUCUUACCCACAAAAUCAAAAGAACACUUGAACAAACAAAAAAUUGACUUGAUUACUAGCUAAAUUGAAUAAAAAAUCAUGAUUAUAAUUUAAAAAAA